GCGACGACGGCCGUCUGCUUUCCUCACAUGAGGCCCUCCUCAUCACUGAUCAGGACCUGGAUGAUGAGCUUCGCAAGCUGGGCCUGGCUACGGCCGUACCGCGGCACAUCGCUUUGCAGGCGCACCUUCAGCAAGGCAGCACCGGUGAACUUGCAGAGGCUUCAUACGUGCUCACGCACACUUUGAAGCAGCUUCAGCUGCUGUCGCGCGUCCUCUCCCUGUUCGGUGACGAUGUUUGGGGGUCUUGGGAAAUCCAGACUGCUGCUGACCUCGUCAGUGCCAUUGCGGAUGUGUCGCUAGCGCUAGAAAUUUUCGAGACUUCAGAGAUGACUGUCAAUUACAACAAAACCGUCAUUUUGCUUCGAUUGGCUGGCAAGGAUGCUAGCCAGAUGAAACGCGAGCACACCUUCAUGAAGGCUGGCCAGCUGCACCUUCGCCUCAAAGUGCUCCCGUUAAGGAGCAACAUGCAUGAGUACCUUGGCACCAUUGUCCUACAGGCACAGACACCAACGCAAUAUGCAGCAUAG